UAGAAAAAUACAAACCUCUGAGAAAGAAAAAAAGAUGAAACCAACUCAAAACACUUCCCAGGAGCCUUAAUUUAAUAUUCUUCACUCCUAUAGAAUAUAAUUCUGUGUGAAGUGUCACAGCUUAUCCAAAGAUGAGCUGCACUUAUACAAAGUUGUGUUUUAAGGAGAAAACCUUUAAUUAUUUGAAAAACUAAUAAUUUUCAAACGGCUACAAACAUGAAAACCAUACUUUUAGGCUACUUGUUUGUGACUAUUCUGUUUGGAUUGCUCAGACUACAGCACACUAUUGGGUAAAUCUGUAAUAGUUUUAGGACUGAUGAGAAUAUAUAUAAUCUCAUCAAUUUCUUGAACAUACUUGAAGAUUCUGCUAUUCUAGCAAAAUUAAAUGGUUACAGCAGGAACAUUGUAUUUAUUUACUGGGAGUACAAGUCAUUUGUAACAACUUUGUUCUCUCCACCAAUUAAAAGCCUGAAGCAAAUGAUAUUAAAGGCCUUAUUUUCUGGUUUCUUGUUAAGCCACAAAUCCCAACUCUUUUCCAUCCUGACAAACAAUAGUCAAAGAGUUGUUCCUACUAGUGAUUGUGAAUGCUAACCAUAUAAUAUGAUCAGGACCCACUUAUGAAUAUUCAACAUUCACCAAGUACUUAUUGAGUACCUAAUGUUUUCCACGUAAUGUGCCAGGUAUUUCAUUAUAGUUAAGUGGACAAGUUCACUUUUGAAAUUCCCCUGGAAUCAUGUGAAUUAGUGUCGUCUCUUGGUUAGACUCAGUUAUAGCCAGUCUAUCAAAGAGAAUCGUCUGAACUUGAACUCUCUUGGUCAAAUACGGUCACAGUUUCCAGCUAGAGCUGGGUUUUUACUCUGGAACACAGCUACCAGCGUUUUCUGCACUUGAAGUUUCAACUUGAUUAAUCAACUAGAGCAGCUUUUGUGUAGGUAAUGAGGACUUGAGGGAGGGACUGUUGAGCAAGGUUUGAGCCAGGCACUUGAGUACUAUUUAGUUCGAUUUUGUGAACACUCACAAACAUUCCAAAGUUAUGUACAAAUUGGUCGCCUUGAGAGGAAUGCUGGAGUCCCAGAUAUUCUGAGCUGAGAAGCCAGCACAGGGAGAGAGACACCAAGUCACCAAAACACAGUCAAAGACAACAGAACUGGACCAAGAAAGUUCAUAACUUUUUGUUUUUGUUUCUACUACGAUGACAUCAUACAUGGCUAUAGAUGGCAGUGCUCUUCAGGUUCCCUUGCGUCAGAAGCCGAGGAGGAAAACUCAAGGUUUUCUCACAAUGAGUCGGAGGAGGAUAUCGUGUAAAGAUCUGGGCCACGCUGACUGCCAAGGGUGGCUGUAUAAGAAAAAGGAAAAGGGAAGUUUCCUAAGCAACAAAUGGAAAAAGUUCUGGGUGAUGCUGAAGGGGUCGUCACUGUACUGGUAUAGCAAUCAAAUGGCAGAGAAAGCUGACGGAUUUGUCAACCUGCCUGAUUUCACUGUGGAAAGAGCAUCUGAAUGCAAGAAAAAGCAUGCUUUUAAGAUCAGCCAUCCACAGAUCAAGACCUUUUAUUUUGCAGCUGAGAAUGUGCAGGAAAUGAACGUGUGGUUAAAUAAACUUGGAUUGGCUGUAAUCCAUCGGGAAUCCACUACAAAGGAUGAAGAAUGUUACAGUGAAAGUGAACAGGAAGAUCCUGAAAUAGCUGCGGAGACACCUCCUCCUUCUCGCUCUUCCCAGACUCAGUCUCCUUCACUAUGUACCGAUGCUGCACAGCAGGCAUCUUCAUCCUCACCCAGCCUUAGUGGAACAUCAUGCUCUUUCUCUUCCCUGGAUACAGUGAAGACACCCAGCAGUUUUCCUUCCUCCUUAUCUGAAGAGAGACAGUCCUGGCCUGACACAGUUAACAGUUUGUCUGCUGCUGAAGAUGAGGGACAGCCAAUAACGUUUGCUGUGCAGGUUCAUUCACCUGUACCUCCAGAGACAGGCAGCCACAAGGCCCCAGAAAACAGCUUUGUCACAUCAGAAAGUGGAUUUUUGAACUCUUUAUCUAGUGAUGAUACUUCAUUGAGUAGCAAUCACGACCAUCUUACUGUCCAAGAUAAGCCUGCUGGAUCAAAGAUCAUGGACAAAGAAGAGACAAAAGUGUCUGAAGAUGACGAAAUGGAGAAGCUAUACAAAUCAUUAGAGCAAGCUAGUCUAUCUCCUCUUGGGGACCGACGACCUUCUACUAAAAAGGAGUUGAGAAAAUCCUUUGUUAAGCGGUGUAAAAAUCCAUCCAUCAACGAGAAACUCCACAAAAUCCGAACGUUGAAUAGCACAUUAAAGUGUAAAGAACAUGAUCUGGCCAUGAUUAACCAGUUACUGGAUGACCCGAAGCUGACAGCCAGGAAAUACAGAGAGUGGAAAGUCAUGAACACCCUGCUGAUCCAGGACAUCUAUCAGCAGCAGCGGGCCACGCCUGCCCCUGAUGACAGCCCCCAGGAACUCAAAGAAUCACCUUCUUCUCCCUGUGUUGAAGAUUCCAUUUGAGACAAAAUCAGAAUUUUCUCCUCUUACAUUUUAUCACAAGCAACUCUUCAAGAUGUUGCAAAAACUUACGUUUUUCCUUAAAAGGAAAACUGAAACCCAGUCCUUCAAGCAUCAGCUCCCCAUCUAAAGAUGCACUUUAGAUGAAGAUAAUCCCCAAAUACAGCGGGUCCCCUCGUUUCAGUCAUAACGCAUCCAUUGAGAUUGGAAUGAUUGAGUUCAGUUGAAAGGCAUUUUUUGUGUUCCUGCUGGGAGCUCACGGUGAUGCGGGGAUCUAGGUGGGAUGUGAGAAAUGUAUCUUCUGCUCCUUGCUCUCCAGAGAAUGCUAUGGACAGAAAUCAAAUUUUACCAGGAAUAAUUGUCCUUGGAAACAUUCUGUUUUUCAAAAGAAGACUAUGUAUUCCACCUGGCUGAGCAGCUGUGUUGCCCAAAUCGCUUUUUGAGUGGAGGAAUGUUUUCUAUAGCAGUGACUGGAAGAACAAAUGUCAUUUGCAGAACAAAAAUUCCUUGUCUUUGGUAUAGAAUGGUGGUGCCUUUUCCACGUGUUGAGAAAUACUUCAUAGACAGUGGCGCAUGGGAGAGCUGAAGGAUGGGGCGUGUUCCAUAUUCCACUCACUCAAAGGACAGCUUGGUGUUUUCACGCUUUAAGCAGGUUAGGGGUUCUGAUUAAUGUUUCCUUUCCUUACAACAGCUAGAGAAAACAUCUCAUCACAGUUGGACACCUCUACUCCCUUCAAGCUUUCCUAAAAGUAGGAGAUAGUAAUAGGUCCAGCAAAGAAUGUCUACAGCUCUUAUACGUAGUGUGAAUUUAUAUCCAGAUUGCCUGGAAUUCAUAUUGACAAGAUGACAUUGGCAUUGGAAUUGUUUUAAUAUCUUUACUCAAAAAACAAAAACAAAAACCAACAGACAGAAACAACAAAAGAGUUAAACAUGAUGGUUUUAUUUUUGUAUGUUUAUAUGUCACUUGUGUGCUAUGUGAAUAGCUAUCUAUAAUAUGUUUGUUAUUUAAAUAUAUUUAUAGAAAUUCAAAUUACUAGUGUUUUAAAAGAUGAUAUACUAUUAUAUGUUGUGCUUAGUAUAUAUUUGAUGAGUCUAUACUUUUAGCUUGAGAAAAAUAGAAAUACUGUUGAUUAACUAGUGUUACGAUGUUGCACUAUACUGUAUGAGGAAUGCUCAGGAAACCUUGUGGGAAAAAGUGGGGCAUGCAUUCAUAAUUUUUAUUUUUCUUCCCACCCCUAUUCCCCUGAGCUCUUAGAUUUAGGUUUCUAUAUCUCUCGUAAGUCACUCUCUUAAGCAGAAAAGGACUUUCAUUUUCGAUGAUCCUUUCUAUUAAAUAAACUUUAAGGUUUAUGCCAUUUAUGCCUGAAAACAUUAGACCAAAUGCAACACAACUAAUGUCAUCUUUUCAUUAAAGACUAAUAGAAAUUUAGGAAUUGUUGUGUUAAAGAGAGCUCAUAGAGAAACAGUAUGAAAGUCUUCCCCUACUAAUCACCAUGGAUAUUUCUCGCCAUAAAAAUAGCCACAACCCACCAAGUACCCAUGCUGGCCCUACCUACCCUAACAAACUGUUGACAUAACCUCUUUUGCUUUAUAGUUUCAAAGUGUGGCUUGACAUUCAAAUGGAAAUAACCACCUGAAUUGUAUCUGCGAACAAAAUGGAAAUAGUUGUUGAAUAUUUACCCCAAGCUUUACUAAGAAGCCUUAAUACUCUGUAAACAAACAAAUAAACAAAAAGCAACCUUAGCAUUAAGAAAAAAAAAAAAAACAUGAAGCAAGUUGUACUACUAGAAGCCUCUUUAAGAUAAGAGGCCAGGCCAAUGGAUUUGGCCCAGCAAACAUGUGGGUACUUCUCCACCUAGGGAAGGUACUGAAUAUGAGUCUGACCUGUGGUGCCCUGACAGAGGAGACAUUCAGGUCCUCAGGUUGGACCCUGAUGCGCUGGCUUGAGAGAGCAGUGAUUUUAACCUUUUGGUCCUGGAAAUGACUGAUUCCUUCAGUGAUUAGCCGACACCAGAAGGGGGAUUAUUUAGGAUUUGCAGUAUAAAGAGUACUGAAGGAACGACACGUAACAAUAGUGGAAAUAACAGUGUGACACAAAGUACCCUUCCGCCUAUUUUUCUUUGGUUUGCAACACCAACCUGUAGACUUCCAGUUUUUCCUAAAUUGAAGAGCUCCAGAAACUUCUGACCAGGGUUUGUGAAUACCUUUGAAUGCUUUCCAUGAAGCCAUGUUUCACCAACUUAAAGGCAAAAAAGAUCCCUGGGAUUACUUAGCCAAGUCUUAAAGUUAUUUUUCAAAGGCACGUCAAGAACAUUAGCCUAGAGGUUUUUGCUUUGUUAGUUAAAGCUUACUUUGCAGAACUUUCCAAAGUGAGAGUUACAUUGAACUGCUUAGUUUUGCACCAGCCUUUCUGAAGCCCCAUUGUCUGCUCAUUCGUGUUUUACCCCCUGUAAAUUCAUUUGCUUUUGAUCAGGUUGUGCUAGAAGUAGGGCUGGCUUCUGUGAGUUCUCAGCUUAGGCUGUGGUCACCAAGAGGUGGGUGGGGUGAUAGGCAGGAGUGAGAGGGAGAGUGAGUGACACUUUCCAUGACACUCAAUGUAGGAAGACAUGGACUUCUCUCUUUUGGCUUCAAGCUACUUUUCUGGUCCAAAGAAUAUUGGGAAAACUGGAUUACUUUCAGUACAUUUCUUGAGACUGGGUCACCUCUGAAAUGCAUUUGGGGUAGUUUCAUGGGGUCCAAGCGCAGACCCCUAUACCCAGUCCCAAAGGGCCUUUGAGCCGUGGAAUGACAUAAAACCAUGGCUACUCAGGAAGGAAGUGGAGAAUUAGCACACGUAGUUCCAAAUCUGUGGCACCUGCUAAGGAUUAGGAUUCGGAGAGGACUCCUCUUCAGGGUUGUGAAGAGGACCUUUUCCCUCUAUUGUUAGCCUGUAGACCCAAAGUGGAGUCUGAAGUGAUGCCCUCACUGGUUGGUAUAUUGCCAAUAGACACACUGAGGCCUGCAUUUGAAGGGCCUCUGUUGCUUUUAAGAAUUCUUAGUUUUGUCACAACAGCUCAAAUCUUAGCAUAGGAUCAAAGGCCUAGAAAGACUCCUAAAGUAUAAGCUUACAAAGACUCCAGGAAGAGGAAGAAAGAGAAACAGAUUGUGUUUGGAGUCAGAUUUCAAUGUGAAAUCCAUGCCUUAUAUUUACACAGCACUUUGUAGUUUGCAAAUUAGUGAGUUUUCAGCCCCCUUUGCUCCCCCACCCCUCCCACUGCCCACGCUUCAUGUGAGAUGAUUGUGGAUUAUAACAGUGAAGUGCCUGGCCCAGAGCCUCUAGUGGUGACACGGGAAUUUGAGUCUCAAGACUCCCAGCGGCUCCCUGCCCCUCCCUCCUCUCCACCCCCCACCUCACUUCACCUGUUACCUUGUGAAGUUGCUGUUGGCGCACAGCCCACUGGGGAACCAAGAAGUUUGACUUGCACUGAAUGUUUCCUCACACUGCGCUCAGCACAGGGCUGGCCCUAGUGGCUGUUAAGCUAAAUUCUCCAUUUGAAACCUAAGGGGCCCUCUCUGUGCUUGAAUACAUUCUCUUUCUAAUGGACCUGCUGCAACCUGCUGGAGCCUGUCUAUGAAUUGGGGUUUAACCGAAUCAUGCUGUGUUUCCUUUUCUUUCCUUCUGUACAUUAGAUGACUUGGGAGGUGCUGUGAGAUCCUUGGAUGGAAAACGUGUAUUUAAAGAAAUGGAGAGUGUGUAUUUUGUUUGCCUUUUGAGGCAUGUGCUGUCAGAUGUCAGAGACCCAACUUAGUGAUGAGAGGCUGGUCCUUUGACCUUCUUCUCCUAAUUGCUUUUUAUGUAAUUAUGACCUUUUCCUCAGGUAGCAUUCCAGUCACCAACAAUGUCACAGAGAUGAAACAGGUUUAAAGAGAAAUAUUUUGAAGUCUUUUGAAAAGAAGUGCUAUCCAAAUUUAAGCCAUGUUUAAAUUCAUAGUCACAUUAACUCUUAGUAAGAAAGACAUUUUAUUUUUCUUUUUGAGAUGGAGUCUUGCUCUGUUGCGCAGGCUGGAGUGCAGUGGUGGGAUCUUGGCCCACCGCAACCUCUGCCUCCCAGUUCAAGUGAUUCUCCUGCCUCCUGCUCAGCCUCCCGAGUACCUGGAAUUAUGCAUGGCUAAUUUUUAUAUUUUAUAUUAUAUUAGAGACCGGGGUUUCACCAUGUUGCCCAGGCUGGUCUCAAACUCCUGACCUUAGGUGAUCCGCCUGCCUUUGCCUCCCAAAGUGCUGGGAUUACAGGCAUGAGCCACUGCACCCAGCCGAAAGACAGUAUUUUGAUAUAGCCACAUAAGUGAUUGAGUAAUGUUAAGUACAGAAAAACUGCCAUAUGCACAUAAAGUUUUAGGGGGUAUUUCUUCUUCAGUCUAACAAAAAUAUGAUACCCAAUUGGGGUUUUUCAGUUUAUUUCUCUUUCAGUUUUUCUUGUAUACCUCACAGGAGAAAUUGAGUCCUAGCAAUGGGAGAGAACUGCCCUGUCUAGGGUUUUGUAACACAUCAUUGAAAAAUAAAAGGCCCCAAAACAAAAUUUUUGCAGCCUGCAUUACAUGGACUGGGGAAGGGGGAUAAUUUCUCCCCUCACAGAAAGCCACUAGUCUCCUUGAAUGAGAUAUUGAGUAGACGCGUUUCUCUGUGGCGUGAGGCAGGAAGCAAUUCCCUUGCCUCUUCUGCACAUCUUAAUUCUUUCCAGAACCACAUGGAAAACUUUGAAAAUGGAUUCUUCAUCAAGAAAUGGUUUAUAUAUUUCUCUUGCUGUAAGGAGACUUCACUGGUCUGUAUUUUUUUUUUUUUUUAACCUUUAGCUCAAACAAGAAGCAUGCCCCAUCAAAACAGUAAAUGCCGUGUAAUAAAACCAGGAGUUGUAAUCGCCAUGUAUUUUAAUGUGCUUGCAUGAUGGGAACGUAACUUUUAGCACUGCAUGGUGUUUGGGGGCCAGAUAUUAAUGUGGAAACGAUAGCUUCAGUUUGUGCUUUCAUUCUGUGUCAGCUACCCCUCUAAACUGAAAAAAGAGGCAUGGCUCGUUUCUCUCCUGCUUUAUGUUUUUGAGGUUGACUUGUAAGAUAAAAAUAAAAAUAAGAAAAAAAAUCUAGUAGAAUAACAUAGGAAAAAAAAGUUAACAUAUACUACUGGUGUUCAUUUUCUGCCCUGCCGUGUUGCUUUCUCAAAGAAAUAAACCUGUGGCUGGGAAGUGUUUAA